AUGAUUGGCUGUAAUUACCAACGUGACGUGAGCUCUUCCCGGAAGCGAUUCUUCCUCUACAUUACAACUCAACGUUCUCCUCGCAAUGAGCAGAUCAUUCAGGCUAGAAUUCUGUUGCCAAGGUCUGCUGGAGAGCAGGUGAACACCUCUUUUUUGGACCUGGGGAACUUCAGCACAACAGCCAUAAACAUUUCUUCAGCUGACAGCACAUUAGUGUUAAAGAUGGUGCCCUCGAAAGAUCCUUUACCCUUCAAACUGUUCCUUGGUUAUUUGGACUAUCCCACUGACAAAAAUUAUGUUGCAAAGACUGAGAUGCCUCUCCAGGGAACAACACAAGAGGAGAGAUACACUUGGCUGCUAGAACCGAAGGAUCUGAAGGGGAACAUUGGACUGCACUAUCUUGUAGUGAGGCCCAUUGUUGGUCCAGGUAUAAAAUCCAUCGAUGCCAACUUAUCAAUUACCCCUAUCAUGACUGAAUGUAAAUUUUGGAAUGAAACGACAUUGGAUUGGGGCAAUAAUGGAUGCAGGGUUGGUGUUCAGACAACACCUUUAGUCACCCAGUGUCUCUGCAACCACCUCACCUUCUUUGGGAGCUCUUUCUUUGUCACUCCCAACCUUGUCGACGCGUCACGAACUGCUGAGCUGUUUGCAACGUUCGCUGAGAAUCCCGUGGUUGUCUGCUUCGUGGGGGCACUCUUUGUGGCAUAUCUACUGGUGCUCAUAUGGGCACGACGAAAAGACCUUCAAGAUGCGACCAAGGUGAAGGUGACCGUGCUGGAGGACAACGACCCCAUGGAUGAGUACCGCUACCUGUUGAGUGUCAGCACUGGGCACCGAAGAGGAGCCUCUACAUCCGCUCAGGUGACAAUAACUCUGCUGGGUGCAGAGGGAAACAGCGAACCACAUCACCUGUCAGAUCCAAAGAAGUGUGUGUUUGAAAGAGGAGCGGUGGAUCUGUUUCUGCUGACGACACCGUUUUCCCUGGGAGACCUGCAGGCCAUCAGACUGUGGCACAACAACUCAGGGAGCCACCCUGAAUGGUAUGUUGGCAAUGUCAUGGUGCAGGAUUUACAGACGGAGCAGAAAUGGCACUUUCUGUGCAACUCGUGGCUGGCCAUAGACCUGGGAGACUGCUCCCCGGAUAAAGAGUUUUCCGUUUCGACAGAGAUGGAUUUGAAGAAGUUCAGUAAUUUGUUUUUCAUGAAGACAUCAAAGGAUUUCAGUGACGGACACCUCUGGUACUCCGUGAUCAGUCGACCACCGAGCAGCACCUUCACUUGUGUCCAGAGAAUUUCCUGCUGUUUCUCCCUGCUGCUCUGCACCAUGCUGACCAGCAUCAUGUUUUAUGGCAUCCCCGCCGAUCCCUCCGAGCAGACCAUGGACCUGGGCCACUUUGAGUUCACUUGGCAACAGUUCAUGGUUGGAGUUCAGAGUUCCCUCAUCAUGUUCCCGGUGAAUAUCCUUAUUGUCAGCAUCUUUCGGAACACUCGUCCCCGGGAGUCUUCAUGUUGCAAGCGCAAAUCAGAAAAACUAGAUGCCCUUGAAGAGACUUCCAUCCCACAGACGGCCUCCACCAACACGGAUGCCAGUGUUACCUUAGAAACUGUCAUUAAGGACAUCAACAGAAUUGCCCAUUCACUUUCUAAAACCGUGAAAAGCAACAUACCAUUCACAGAGUCUGAGUUUGGUCCUGAAAAACAAGUCGAUAUCAACGCCGCCCUGUCUGUGGUGGAGGACUUCAUCAAACAGUGCAACAAAUCCAGUGACACCGCCCAGUCCAAAACGCCCAACAUCCUUCAGCCUGAGCUACCAGGGGACUGUGCCAGUACGCCUCCUGGGUCAACAGCGGAGGGGAUUCAGAAGAAGAGCAACAAAAGCCAGUAUCUAUACCGGCAGCUGUGCCGCAUUGACAGAGAGCUGAGUCAGCUGGGACCCUCCGUCUUCCCGACGCUGCACAGCUACAACCAGGCUCAGCUGCAAGUCCAGGGCAUGAAGGGCUCUCUUGAAGAUCAACUCUUCAGAUCUAACUGCGUCAGCCCAGAUGAUCUUUCCCAGAAGAAGCUGAGCCCUGCAGACAGCACCGAUGGCGAGGCUAGUCCUAAGAGGAGGGCGUGCUGUCACGGAGGGCUCCCCUGGUGGUUCAUUUUUUUUGGCUGGCUGCUCGUGAUCGCGUCCAGCGUCGUGUCGGGAUAUUACACGAUGCUUUAUGGGUUGAAAUUUGGGAAGGAACGUUCCAUAAGCUGGUUGGUGUCCAUGAACGUCUCCUUUUUUCAGAGUAUCCUCGUCGUUCAGCCACUGAAGGUGCUCUGUCUCGCAGUCUUCUUUGCGCUUGUGAUUAAAAGAGUGGAUGAAGAAGAUUAUCAAAAUGUGGAUUUUGUAAGAAGUCAAGGUGAUCGCAACAACCAGCACGCGGUCAGACAAGAUCGCGGCCUCUACGAGCCUCCUCCUCCUGCUGACAUUGAGAAGAUGAGAAGGAACAAGAUCUUGGAACAGAAAGCUUUUGCCCUCCUCAGAGAGAUUUUGACCUACAUGGGGUUUAUGUGGAUGUUGCUGCUGGUGGCGUACGGCCAGAGAGACCCCAAUGCCUUUUUCCUGAACCAGCACAUCCGGGAUAGCUUCAGCGCGAUGACCUCAGACAGCAUGAGUGUUGGGGAUGUGUUCACUUGGGCCAACACAUCUCUACUUGAUAACCUCUUCGGAGUUUAUCCAGGAUUCAUCACAGACGGAAACUCCAAGCUGGUGGGUAAUGCCCGUCUCCGCCAACUGAGAGUGCGGAAGAACUCCUGCCAGAUCGAUAGGUUAAUGCUCAAGCUUGUAACAGACUGCCGUGCGCCAUAUUCAUGGGAGGAGGAGGAUAUGGGCUCCUAUGACCCUGGCUGGAACCGCUCUGUCAUGGGUAACAACUCUGAGAGCACAUUCAGCCCAUGGAAGUACCAGACAGAGGCUCAGGUCAGGGCUUACCCUGUCUGGGGCAAAAUGGUGCUCUACAGGGGAGGUGGAUUUGUAGCAGAGCUUGGUCCGGAUUCACAAAAUGCCAGCAGCACCCUUGAGCAUCUGUUCGGGAAUAAAUGGCUGGAUAUGCACACCAGGGCGAUCUUUGUGGAGUUCACUGUUUAUAAUGCUAACGUGAACCUCUUCUGCAUCGUCACUCUCUUGUUUGAGACGACAGCUGUAGGAGCCUUUCAGUUCAGCAGUGAGCUGAGGAGUGUUCGGCUUUACCAAUCAACCGGAGGUCUUCACAUCUUUGUUAUGGCCGCUGAGAUCUUAUAUAUGCUUUUCAUCCUCUAUUACAUGUUCCUGCAGGGUAAAUUAUUGAAGCAGCAGCGGUGGGCUUACUUCAAGUGUAAGUGGAACCUUCUGGAGUUGACCAUCAUCCUACUGAGCUGGAGCGCUUUGGCUUUUUACAUCAAAAGGGCCCUGACCGGGGAACAGGAUAUGACCUACUACCACAACCACAAAGACCAAUUUGCCAGUUUUUAUGAUACAGCCAAAGCAGACUUGACGCUCCAGUACCUGAUCGCCUUCCUGGUCCUGCUCUCCACUGUCAAACUGUGGCACCUGCUCAGACUCAACCCCAAGAUGAACAUGAUCACUGCCGCCCUGCAGCGGGCCUGGAAUGACAUAUUUGGCUUCCUGUUGAUCGUACUGAUCAUGUUUGUGGCGUAUUCCAUCGCGAGCAACGUGAUUUAUGGCUGGAAGCUUCCCUCCUAUAGAACAUUUGCAGAUUCUCUCCUCACCAUCAUCAGUUUGCAGAUAGGCAUCUUUAACUAUAACGAGGUUUUGGACCUCUACCCCUCGCUCGGUUGGUUACUCUUCGGCUCCUGCAUUGUGUUCAUGACGUUUGUGCUGCUCAAUCUCCUCAUCUCAGUGAUUCUCGUGGCAUUUAACGAGGAGCAAAUAUAUCACAAGCCGUCAGACGAAGAGGAGAUUGUCGACCUGAUGCUGAAGAAACUCUGCAGUCUUUUUGGGAUCAGCUAUAAAAGUGAAAACAAAAAAGAUACCCAGCUUGCAUCUGAUGAGAACAGAGACUUGACUCUUAAUAACAGCAGAAACGUCCUUAACAAUUCCGCAAUGGAUGUAAAUGUUCUUCAUCCGUCAGAUGAAAGAUCAAACCACUAAAGUAAAGAUAUAGCUGAAUGUUUUCAUGCGAUGACACCCACAUGCUCGUUUAAUCGUGUUCGUUAUUCUUAUCUUGUUUCAUUCUGGACGGUCGGUCUGAUCAUUCAUUAAUCAUCAUCAUCAGUCAUUGUGUGAUAGAUAAUCAUCACACAUUAGAUCGUAGCAGCACAUCGUGUUCCGCUGGCUGCUUGGCAAUAAAAAGCUGCAUGUAAAGCAGAGAGCAGGAUGUGUCAUUUACAUUAGCUGCACGGCACUGCCGCGGUGUAAGGGGAGUGAACCAUAAACACACUGACGCUGUUUUUGAAUUAGAUUACAUGCAGUUUUGCUUUCCUUGUGAAUGCCUUGUGCUCGGAAUAGUGAUGGACACAGGUGGUGAUCACUGAAUGUAAAUACAAUGAACGACUGUUGCAGAACUAUAAAUACAAGGCUGUUUUCUUUAAUGAUCAAGGUUUAUAACUUUUAAAUCAAAGCUUAUUUUUACAUAUUUCUACACUUGUUUUCCAGGCAAGUAUGAAUUGAUAGGUGUAAAUCCCAUGUGCCAGUUAAGAAGUGGUUAGUAUUGUCUCUGUCUUUCAUGUACCUUCGCCAUCUUUUAUUCAUAUUUUGAUAACCGGCUAAAGUAAAACCCUCAAAGCAGAAAUGCCUUUGUUUCGUGUGAAAUAUAAACUGCAUGUGUAGGUGAAAAGGUUUGUCUGCUUUCAUGAACAAAACAGUAUAUUUAAUGCAUGAGGUUACUGUUUAGACACCCAGCUAAUAAAUGGUUCCACCAACAUUGUGAUGCUGACAGAACCUGAAUCUUCUGCGAUACACAUUGUAGGUUUUCUCUGUGGUAUCCAAUUAAAGGAGACCUUUAAUGCUU